AUGCCUGUUCAAUAUGAUACUGAAUUCGCCGAGGCGCUGGCUCUUAUCAAAUCCGGCCGCCCUCCAGCACCCCCUGAGACAGCCCUCGAAAUGCGUCACAACAACCACGCUCUAUUUCUAAAAGUGUUUCCCAAAGCACCCUCUCAUGAUAUCGUUGAGCAGACAGAUUACUCGGUUGAGAGCUAUGAUGGCGUACAAAUACUCCUUCGCCGGUAUGCAACACCAAAGGUCCUGAGAGCCGAAGAACCACAACCUUCAAUUCUAGUGAUUCAUGGCGGUGGCUUUGUCUCGGGUACUGUGGAAAUAUGUGGGGGAACCAAUGCCGCUAUAGCGCUCGAAAUUGAAAGGCCAGUGUUCGCGGUUGACUAUCGCCUUGCACCUGAGCAUCCCUAUCCUGCAGCUGUGGAGGAUAGCUUUGCGAGUCUCAAGUAUCUCAUAGAUCACGCAAAAGAGCUAAAUAUCGACCCAUCCCGGAUAUGCGUGAAAGGCAAUAGUGCUGGCGGAGGUAUAGCUGUCGGUACUGUGCUCAUGGCCAGGGACAGGGAGCUCGAUCCACCAGUUGCAAAGCUAAUGGCCAUAUAUCCUGAGCUUGACGACAGAACCUGCCAUCCUCCUGAUACCGGGUUUCUUAAGCUCGCUACUUGGACUUCGCAACACAAUCAGCUCGCAUGGAAGGCUUAUGUUGGUGAAGACAAGGCUGGGAAGCCCGACGCAGAUGUUUCACCCUAUGCAGCACCAGCGAGGUCUCGGAACUACAAGGGACUACCAUCUACAUAUGUGGACGUCGGAACUCUUGACUUAUUCAGGGAUGAAGAUCUUGAGUUUGUGAGAAGACUAUUGGAAGACGAUGUUGAGGUCGAGUUUCAUCUCUGGCCUGGAGUGCCGCAUGUAUUUGAGUUCCUUGCGCCUGGUACAAGAUGGCACCAGCGUGCUAAAGAAGCACAAAACGACGCCUUAAGAAGGGUUUGA